CGGUGGCAAGCGCUGCAACAGGUAGACGGCGAGAGACGGACCCUGGCCGAGGCAGCUAUGGAGACCAAAGGCUACCACAGUUUCCCUGAAGGUCUAGAUAUGGAAAGACGGUGGGGUCAAGUUUCUCAGUCUGUGGAGCGUUCUUCCCUGGGACCUACAGAGAGGACCGAUGAGAAUAACUACAUGGAGAUUGUCAACGUAAGCUGUGUUUCCGGUGCUAUUCCAAACAACAGUGCUCAAGGAAGCAGCAAAGAAAAACACGAACUACUUCCUUGCCUUCAGCAAGACAGUAAUCGGUCUGGGAUUUUAACAUCUGAUAUCAAAACUGAGCUUGAAUCUAAGGAGCUUUCAGCAACUGUAGCUGAGUCCAUGGGUUUAUACAUGGAUUCUGUACGAGAUGCUGACUACGCCUAUGAUCAGCAGAACCAACAAGGAAGCAUGAGUCCAGCUAAGAUGUAUCAAAAUGUUGAACAGCUGGUGAAAUUUUACAAAGAAAAUGGCCAUCGUCCUUCCACUCUGAGUAACGUGGGCAGGGCCUCGAGAUCAUUUAUGCCUGACUCUGGGAGCUCCGUGAAUGGCGGGGUCAUGCGUGCCAUCGUUAAAAGUCCCAUCAUGUGUCAUGAGAAGAGCCCGUCAGUUUGCAGCCCUUUGAACAUGGCAUCUUCAGUUUGUAGUCCUGCUGGAAUCAAUUCUGUGUCCUCCACCACGGCCAGCUUUGGCAGUUUCCCAGUGCACAGCCCUAUCGCCCAGGGAACUCCUCUGACAUGCUCUCCUAAUGUUGAAAAUCGAGGCUCCAGGUCUCACAGUCCUGCACACACUAGCAACGUGGGCUCUCCUCUCUCAAGUCCAUUAAGUAGCAUGAAAUCCCCAAUUUCCAGCCCUCCAAGUCACUGCAGUGUAAAAUCUCCAGUCUCCAGUCCUAAUAAUAUCACUCUGCGAUCUGUGUCCAGCCCUGCAAAUAUCAACAACUCAAGGUGCUCCAUUUCCAGCCCUUCCAACACAAAUAACAGAUCUACGCUUUCCAGUCCAACAGCCAGUACUGUGGGAUCUGUCUGUAGCCCUAUAAACAAUGCCUUCAGCUACUCUGCUUCUUGCACCUCUGUUGGAUCCAGUGCAACCCGGGAUGUGGUUCCUAGUCCAGACACACAUGAGAAAGGUGCUCAAGAGGUCCCUUUUCCUAAGACUGAGGAAGUAGAGAAUGCCAUCUCAAGCGGUAUGACUGGCCAGCUUAACAUUGUCCAGUACAUAAAACCAGAACCAGAUGGAGCUUUUAGCAGCUCCUGUCUAGGAGGAAAUAGCAAAAUAAAUUCUGAUUCUCCAUUCUCAGUACCAAUAAAGCAAGAAUCAACCAAGCAUUCAUGUUCAGGCACCUCUUUUAAAGGGAAUCCAACAGUAAACCCAUUUCCAUUUAUGGAUGGCUCAUAUUUUUCCUUUAUGGAUGAUAAAGACUAUUAUUCUCUAUCAGGAAUUUUAGGACCACCUGUGCCCGGCUUUGAUGGUAACUGUGAAGGCAGUGGAUUCCCAGUAGGGAUUAAACAAGAACCAGAUGAUGGGAGCUAUUACCCAGAAGCCAGCAUCCCUUCAUCUGCCAUUGUUGGUGUGAAUUCAGGUGGACAGUCCUUUCACUACAGGAUUGGUGCUCAAGGUACAAUAUCUUUAUCACGAUCGGCUAGAGACCAAUCUUUCCAACACCUGAGUUCCUUUCCUCCUGUCAAUACAUUAGUGGAGUCAUGGAAAUCACAUGGUGACCUGUCAUCUAGAAGAAGUGAUGGAUAUCCGGUUCUAGAAUACAUUCCAGAAAACGUAUCGAGGGAGCUGAAGAAAUUGACAGAUGCCUAGAGUAGGGGAAGGAGGAGUUAUUAACAGAGCAACC